GACACCCUGCUGGCCCACAACGCCCGCCUCCACCCGGGCGAGGACAACUUCACCCGCACGAUGGUGAAGCGAAACAACGAGACCAUCUUCCAGCAGACGGUCAACGACCUCACCUUCGACGGCAGCUUCGUCAAAGUGGAGGACGACGAGGCGGAGGAGACGUCCCGCAAAAGCAUCGCCCUCAGCAAGACGCCCAUCAUGAGGAUCAAGAGCCGACCGGAACCCAAGAAGUUCACCGCCUCGCACAAAAUGAUGGCCGUCGACGACGUCAUCAAAGUGGAGAGCGACGACGAAGACGACGAGAACAAGGAGCCGCCCACGCUGUCACCGGCCCCGAUGACCCCCGUCGCCCCUCGCCUCAUCCCCGUCUCCACGGCGGUGCAGGUCCAGGCCGUCCCGCAGAGCAUCGUGGUCAACAGCCCCAACGUGCUGCAGAUUAAAGGCGGCUCGGGCGGCGGCGCCGUGCUGCCUCCCGGGACGCUGGCUCAGGUUCUGUCGGCGCUGCAGAACCAGCAGAACUGCACUCCGACGCAGACGCAGCUCCUCAUCCCCAUCAGCAGCAUCCCCACCUACAACACGGCCAUGGACAACAACGUCCUGCUGGUCAGCGCCUACAACAGGUUUCCGUAUCCCUCCGUGUCGGAGAUCAUGGGCUUGUCUUCGCAGACCAAGUUCAGCGAGGAGCAGAUCAAGGUCUGGUUUUCUGCUCAGAGGCUGAAACACGGCGUCAGCUGGACGCCCGAGGAGGUCGGUGCUUCGCCAGCGUUCCUUUCACAUCACAUCCACGCCCUGUUUUUGGCUUCACGUUACACUUUUGUCCCUCAU